AUGAUUAGCAUCUUAACAUUGUUGACCAUAAAUUCUCCCUUUAUAUGCAACACUAACGUCUACCUGCAUUUGCCCCCACGCAGAGCACCGGCUGCAGCAGUGGCCCGUACAGGCCUGCCCGAGGGCAUGACAACAAACCAAACCUCAAUCGCAGAGUUCAUCCUUCUGGGGUUUCCUGUUGGACCCCAAAUCCAGCUGCUCCUCUUCGGCCUCUUCUCUUUGUUCUACGCCUUCACUCUGCUGGGGAACGGGGCCAUCCUGGGGCUCAUCUGUCUAGACUCCAAGCUGCACACUCCCAUGUACCUCUUUCUCUCGCACCUGGCCAUUGUGGACAUAUCCUAUGCCUCCAACAAUGUCCCCAAGAUGCUGGCGAACCUGGUGAGCAAGGAAAGGACCAUCCUCUUUGUCCCUUGCAUCAUGCAGACCUUUCUGUACAUGGCUUUUGCGCACACGGAGUGCCUGAUUUUGGUGGUGAUGUGCUAUGACAGGUAUGUGGCCAUCUGCCACCCUCUACACUACACUGUCAUCAUGAGCUGGAGGGUGUGCACGGUCUUGGCUGUCAUUUCCUGGGUGUGUGGCUCCCUUCUGGCCCUGGUCCAUGUGGUCCUCCUCCUGAGACUGCCCUUCUGUGGGCCUCAUAAGAUUAACCACUUCUUCUGUGAACUUCUGUCUGUCCUCAAGCUGGCUUGUGAGGACAUCAGCCUGAACCAUGUGGUCAUCUUUGCCGCGUCUGUGUUUAUCUUAGUGGGGCCCCUCUGUCUGGUGCUGGUCUCCUACACCCGCAUCCUCGUGGCCAUCCUGAGGAUCCAGUCUGGGGAGGGACGCAGAAAAGCCUUCUCCACCUGCUCCUCCCACCUCUGCGUGGUCGGGCUUUUCUUCGGCAGUGCCAUUGUCAUGUACAUGGCCCCCAAGUCCAGCCACCCUGAGGAGCAGCAGAAGAUCCUUUCGCUGUUCUACAGCCUGUUCAACCCGAUGCUGAACCCCCUGAUCUACAGCCUGAGGAACGCAGAGGUGAAGGGCGCCCUGCGGAGAGUGCUGUGCAAGGAGAGGUCAGUGUAA